AUGUCAGCAUAUUCAAAAGGGAGAGCUGAGAUAACAAGCCCGGAGAGAACCAAAAUAUGGGUUGAACCAAAGUUGAAGAGUGAGCAAAAGGUUCCUGUUGUGUACUAUCUUGCAAGAAAUGGCCAGCUUGAUCAUCCUCAUUUCAUGGAGGUCACUCUUUCUUCUCCUCAAGGACUCUAUCUUAGAGAUGUGACAAAGAGACUGAACUUUCUCAGAGGUCAAGGCAUGGCAAACAUGUACUUCUGGUCUUCAAAGAGGAGCUACAAGAAUGGGUAUGUGUGGCAAGACUUAUCUGAAAAUGACUUUAUAUAUCCUUGUCGUGGGAACGAAUACAUACUCAAGGGAUCACAGCUUCUGGAUAAGUCUAUAAGCUUCAGAUCCUAUGAAACAGCGUUAUCAUCUGCCAACACAAAUUCCUCAGAAACAAGCAGUAGUUCCAGUGAAGAUUCCAAUUUUCCUGCCAUUGUUAGGAGAAAAAAUCGCUCGUGGAGUUCACUGAAUGAACUUAAUGGACACGAAAUCUACAAGGGUAUGAUAGGCAUAAAUGCAUCAACACAGACAAAUGAUCAUAAAAGAGAGAGAAUAAUAAACAGUGAAGAGGUUGGUUAUAAUAGAGAUGGCAUUGCAGAUCUGAGUAGGGAACAAAUUUCUCCACCGCAAUCACGUUUGUGUGAACAAAGCAUUGAGAGUUUGAAGGACUGUAUUGAGGCUGAUGCAUCAGCAGAUGUCCCACAUCAGUCUGCUGGCAAAGAUAUCCCCAGCGGAAGGAUGAAGGCAGCUCCAAUUUUUAUGCAGUUGAUUGCAUGUGGAUCAAGGAGGAUUAAAGAUUUUUAG